UCAAUGUUUUUGGCGGAAGUUCACGGCUUGAACAGAGAUGGCGGGAGUGGAAUUCAUAGUGCCAAGUGUUAAAUAGUAUUUUCUUGGAAACGUUAUUAUUUUAUUAGGUUACGCUAGAUAUCCAAUUCCGUAUAGUACGGAAUAUUACUAGUAUGCAAAAUCAGAGGGAAAAGACCGACAAAGAUUAUUGAGAUACAUUGCUGUCGCUGUCUUGGAUAUAUGGCAACAGUGUAUCUACGCAGGCAGGCAGCAGGGCACUAUGGGCUAGUAAUGGUGGGCGCGUGAGUUUGAACACCUCAAAAUGCCUCACAAUAAUCCAGAUAAGGAGUUGACUGAUGGAAGUAAUACUGUGUUUAUUGAUGCUACAGCUCUUGGUGAGCUGUCCACCCAGUUAACUCAGCAUGACUUAGAAACAUUAGUUGGUUUCAAUAUUCAAGCUGCUGAAUUUGAGGCACUACAAGAAGAUAUCCCAGAGGCUCAUGUCGUAGAUUCAAGUGGUGUAUUGAUAUCAGAUGGCGUCACCGUUGGUAACAUUGUGGAGGUUGCUGGUGCUGGUGGAGGCAUUGUUGAUGAAACACAGCAUCUGGAGGCUCACACUCAUGACCAGCCCAUGGAGGUUGAUUCUCUUGCAGACCAAGCACAAGUUAUUGGAGACAUUGAAAUGCUACACCCUGGGGGUAACUUAAUCGCGAUGGGAGGGGAGGAACUAACAACCACUGCAGACACAAGCACAGCAGCACUUCUGGCAUCAGCGUCAACAGGGUCUUCUGAAGGAUCAGCACAACAAAUUGUAGCAGACUCACCGCAACUUAUCAAGAGUAGCCUAGGGCAAUUUGUGGUCCUUCAGCAGAAUCAAAACUCCAUCUCCCUAGGGUCUCUAAGUAACCGUAUCAUGACCUCAAGUGGCCACAUAACAACGAUGGCAGGCUUAGGCAACAGCAAUAGUAAUAAACAAGUAGUUGUUAACACUACGCAGUUGGGGGGAUCAUUAAGAGCACAGCCAACCAUGGUCAUGGCCCAGCCUGUUGUUCAAACACCGCAGGUUCGGACAGUACAACUAAAACAAGCCCAGCAGUCACAGUCACAAAACAGUGGAACUGUGACCAAGGUAAUAAUUACAAGUCAGGCAGGAGGUGUUAGUAGUCUUAGUGGACAACAGCUAAGGCUUGUGACUAGUCAGAAUAGUGGAACGACACAAGUAUCAGCUUCUCCAACCAAACUGACUCUUCAGCAAGCUCAGCAGAUGGGUAUCAUUGGACUUUCACCAUCAAAACCUGUAACUCAGUCACCCAGUAAGAUUGUUGUCCAAAGGGUUGGCAUGGGGGCAGGGUCUCCUGUGAAAAGUCCCACGAAAGUUGUGAUGCCUGUAUCUAUGGGCAUGAAAUCUCCUACCAAAAUUGCACCGGCCCCUCCUUCUGGGCAAUCUCAGAUAAUUACUCAUCAGAUCAGCAGUAGUGGUGCAGUUCGAAACAUUCUCUCUAGUCCUCAGAAGAUAGUAAUUAAGAGCAAUGUCCCUCAACCUGGACAGGGCAUGGUGAGUACUGUACGGGCAGGACAGAUUGUAACUUCUGGAGGUCAGCAAGUUAUAAAAAUACCUGCAAAUCAAGUUCAUCAACUUACAGGCCAAACUCAAAGUGUGCAGGUCCUCUCAAACAAGAUGAAUUAUGUUAGGUUAGUCAACCCUGGCGUAGGGGGUGGAGGGGGUGGUGGCGGGGGAGGCACCACCCUGAUGAAGCAGUCACCCCAAGUCAACAAACCUAUUGCUCCUGCAUCAACACAGCCGAUUAAGAUUAAGGCAAUGCCCAUUGCACCUAAUCAGCAAACAAACAAGCAGCGUGUUAUUAUUCCCGUAUCAGGAACCAUAUCAGGUAAUAAUGUUAGUGGAGGAGUGCCCAUAAGGUCGCAACCUGGAAGCCUUACCUUACCUGCUUCUGCAUUACCCCCAGGUGUGCUGUCUAAUACUCAGCCAGGGUCAGUUGUUAUGAUUCCUGCCCAUUAUAUGUCUCAGCUUCAGCAGUCAACUAACACAAAUACCACAACUGUUCAGAUGUCAACUCAAGCUCCACCUGGAACAAUAAUACAGCAGCCUCCAAAGCCACAACCUCCUCGCAGUCUUAUUGAUGCCAAUGGGAUAAGACCGAGAAAACCCUGCAAUUGUACAAAAAGCCAGUGUCUUAAAUUGUACUGUGAUUGUUUUGCAAAUGGAGAAUUUUGCAAUAACUGCAACUGUGCAAAUUGUUUUAAUAAUUUAGGUCAUGAAGAAGAUAGACAGAAAGCAAUCAAAGCCUGUCUAGACAGGAAUCCUCAAGCAUUCCGGCCAAAAAUUGGAAAGGGCGGCACUGACAAUGAAAGAAGACAUAAUAAGGGAUGUAACUGCAAACGUUCUGGUUGCCUUAAAAAUUAUUGUGAAUGUUAUGAAGCUAAAAUUCCGUGUUCCAGUAUAUGUAAAUGCGUUGGAUGUAAAAAUGUAGAUUUGAAUCCUGCUGUGGAACGUAAAGGGCUGAUGCAGCUUGCAGAGUGUGCUGAAGCAAGAGUGAACCAGCAGAAUGCAGUUAAAUCCAAACUUCCAUCUCUGUCUCAUCAUUCACCUUCCAAAAUGUUUUUGCCUACAUCAGCAAAGUCUGGUUACUGUCGUAUGAACCAGGAAGUUGUUGAAGCCACUUGCCAGUGCCUAUUAGCGCAGGCUGAUAAAGCUCAAAGUGCUCUUGUAUCAAAUGCCCAAAUAGAACUCUCUGUUAUUUCUGAAUUUUCAAGAUGUCUUAUGCAGAUUAUUGGUAGCUAUACAGCAAGAUCUAGAGGUCUUGGAGAUACCUAGCAUUAUGGAAACAUAUGGGCUAUGCUUUAAUAAGAAAAGUCAUGUAAAUAGAAGGGUGUGUUUGUGAUCAGGAAUUGUGU